UCUUGGCCCCCGCCUCCCCGAAACCAAAACACAACAAGCUCUGGAGGAGCCCGGAGCAGCGCAGCGGGGCGGGCGGACUCGGGGCGGCACUCAGCCUCGGAGGCUGAUGCAACUUUCCCUUUAAGAAAGCCACCUGGGCGCAGCGCGGUGCGGACCCAGCACGCUGGGCCGGGGGCUGCAGCAUGGACUGCAGAGAAAACGCCCCCUUCCUUGGCCUUCACUGCGACGGCGGCGGGACCGCUGUGCCCAGCCCUGGGGACAGAAGAGCCGCAGCCCUGCCCUGGAAGAUCUCUCCCGCUGGCGGGGCGCCAGGUNUUGAGGUCUGUGGCCUGAAAGGUGCUAGAAGCAGAACCUGUGAUUGCGGCCUGGGACUCCAGAGCCCGAAACCCACUGCCACCAUGGUGGGAAAAGGUGCCAAAGGGAUGCUGAAUGGUGCUGUGCCCAGCGAAGCCACCAAGAGAGAGCAGAACCUCAAACGGGGCAACUGGGGCAACCAGAUCGAGUUUGUACUGACGAGCGUGGGCUAUGCCGUGGGCCUGGGCAAUGUCUGGCGCUUCCCAUACCUCUGCUAUCGCAACGGGGGAGGCGCCUUCAUGUUUCCCUACUUCAUCAUGCUGAUAUUCUGCGGGAUCCCUCUCUUCUUCAUGGAGCUCUCCUUCGGCCAGUUUGCAAGUCAGGGCUGCUUGGGGGUCUGGAGGAUCAGCCCCAUGUUCAAAGGUGUGGGCUAUGGCAUGAUGGUGGUGUCUACGUACAUCGGCAUCUACUACAAUGUGGUCAUCUGCAUCGCCUUCUACUACUUCUUCUCGUCCAUGACAAACGUGCUGCCCUGGACCUACUGCAAUAACCCCUGGAACUCCCCCGACUGCGCCGGCGUGCUGGACGCCUCCAACCUCACCAAUGGCUCCCAGCCUGCCGCCCUGCCCAGCAACCUUUCCCACCUGCUCAACCGCACCCUCCAGAGGACCAGCCCCAGCGAGGAGUAUUGGAGGCUCUACGUGCUGAAGCUGUCCGACGACAUCGGGAACUUUGGGGAGGUGAGGCUGCCCCUCCUCGGCUGCCUCUGUGUCUCCUGGGUGGUCGUGUUCCUCUGCCUCAUCCGAGGGGUCAAGUCUUCAGGGAAAGUAAGUGCCUCCCCUGCCAGGGUCUCAGGGUCU